AAGCGAGAAAACUACAAUACGCAGAAGAAGUUUCAUUUUCUUCGCGGUUGGAUUACAUAAAAAGGAAAAUGUUAACAACUCAUUUUGUAGCAAUCUCGUUUUAUUUCUGUGUUCUUCUUCAAGAUGGAAAUUCGUUGAGAUUCGUUGAUGAAAAGAAUCAGCGUCCUGAACUCCAAUUAAUUUUAAACGAUGGGAUCGUUCAAGGAAAGAAAAUGUUUACGGAACAACUCGGAGAACCGUAUUACGGCUACUUAGGGAUUCCUUACGCCAAACCACCUGUUGGGAACUUAAGAUUUUCGAACCCCGUUCAAAAUGAGAAAUGGUCCGGGGUUCUUCAAGCAACCCACGAGGGAAACACCUGUACACAAGACACCGAAAUCAUCUUUCAUAUCGGUUCCGAAGAUUGUCUCUACGUUAACGUCUUCACAAAACAAUCUCCAUCAGUAGCAAUAAAAUCUCUUCAACCCGUAACCGUCUUUAUUUACGGCGGAGGUUGGAAAUUCGGCCAAAGCAACCAAACCGUUUACGGCCCGGAUUACUUGUUAGAACAAGAUGUAAUCGUGGUAACAUUUAAUUAUCGCGUUGGGGUAUUCGGAUUUUUAAGCACCGACGAUAUGUCUUCGCCGGGAAAUUACGGGUUAAAAGAUCAAAUCGAAGUGUUAAAAUGGAUCCGAAGGAACAUCCGAAAUUUCGGGGGCGAUCCCAAUUCCGUAACGAUUUUUGGUGAAAGUGCCGGAGCGGCUUCCGUAAGCUAUUUGAUGUUAGCACCGAAAGCAAAGGGGUUAUUCCAUCGAGCGAUUAGUUUUAGUGGAAGCUCAUUGUGUCCGUGGGCUUUAAGCCGAAAUCCUUUACAAAUAACUUAUGCGGUUGCAACAGCUGCCGGAGUAAUCGAACCGAGAACGAAAAAUUUAGUAAAACGACUUCGCAAACUCGAUUACGACUUUUUGCAUUUCGCCGAAAGAAGCGCCAUGUUACUCGACUCGAUAAAUCCGAUGAACGGAUUAUCAUUCGCGCCAACGAUAGAAUCUGAUCAUCCCGACGCGGUGUUAAGUAGAGGGCCUUUGGAGAUGUUGAAGGAAUCGUCGUUGGGGAGCGUACCUUUUAUUACGGGAUUUAAUUCGUUGGAAGGAGCUGUUUUUCAAUAUAUUUUAGAUUUUCUUCGGCCGUUAUUUCUAAGUUAUGAAAUGCCGCAACGAUUAAUUCCCUCGGAUUUAAACAUUCCGACGUUUCAUCCCGACGAGAUUACGGUUGGGAAUAAGAUUAAAAAUUUUUAUUUUGGAUUGGAUCCGUUGGCGGUUGCGAAUAAGACGCAAAUUUUACACUUUAUCAGCGAUAAUCAAUUUCUUAAAGGAAUUAUCGAAGAAGCUAAAUUAAGAGGUAAAAAAGCCCCCACUUACCUGUAUCAAUUUUCAUAUCAAGGCGAUUUGGGACAUUUCCUCGACAACCAAUUGCGCCAAGUAAACGGUGUGGCUCAUUCCGAAGAGCUUUGGUACGUUUUUAAAAACGAAGAUCAACGAGCUUCCCACAAAAACGACAUUGCAGUGCGAAAAAUGUUCGUUAAAAUCUUAGCGAAUUUUGUAAAAACUGGUAAUCCAACUCCAAUUAAGGACCCUGAGCUUCAAAAUUUGAUUUGGCCGGAAAUGUUGGCUGGGAAUGGCGACUUAAAUUUUUUGGAUAUCGAUAAAAAGUUGUCGGUAAAACAGAAUCCGAGAAAAUCGGCGAUGGAAUUUUGGAAUGAAAUUUAUAAAGAUUACGGUAGACGGCCUUACACAACUUACUAACGGUGCUAAAAUAAAAUAAUCGAGUUGGGUUCGAGUUGUCUCUCGACAUUUUGAGGGUUGGUUAAAAAUAAAAUGGGCGAUGACGUCAACUAAAACGUUUCUUAAAUGCGAACGUCACGACUAAGGUCACUCCUUAAUGUAUAAAUAGUUACUAUUUAGAUCGUUUUAAAUAUAUCUUAAAUAUCUUCUAUUAUUA